GGAGAGAGGCGCCGCGGGGAGAACCGGACGCGGACAGCCCGGCUCUGGGGUCCAGUCUGCCAGCGCCGGACGGACGGGCCGAUCCCGGAGCGCCGCCAUGGGCCCGGGGCCGCCGGCGGCCGGAGCCGGAGCGCUCCCGCGACCGCUGUCCCUGGUCGCGCGGCUGAGCUACGCUGUGGGCCACUUCCUCAAUGACCUGUGCGCGUCCAUGUGGUUCACCUACCUGCUGCUCUACCUGCACUCGGUGCGCGCCUACAGCUCGCGCGGCGCCGGCCUGCUGCUACUGCUCGGCCAGGUGGCCGACGGGCUGUGCACGCCCCUGGUGGGCUUCGAGGCUGACCGCGCCGCAGGCCGCUGCGCCCGCUUCGGCCCGCGCAAGGCCUGGCACCUGGUCGGCACCAUCUGUGUCUUGCUGUCCUUCCCCUUCAUCUUUAGCCCCUGCCUGGGCUGCGGGCCCGCCACACCUGAGUGGGCCGCACUCCUCUACUACGGGCCCUUCAUUGUGAUCUUCCAGUUCGGCUGGGCUGCUACACAAAUUGCCCACCUCAGCCUCAUCCCAGAGCUCGUCACCAACGACCACGAGAAGGUGGAGCUCACGGCUCUGAGGUACGCCUUCACUGUGGUGGCCAACAUCACUGUCUACGGAGCUGCCUGGCUUCUGCUACACCUGCAGGGCUCUCCCCGCACUGGCCCCGCUGAGGAUGUCAGCGACCAACUAGGGGUCCAGGAUGUGCCAGUGUUCCGGAACCUCUCCCUGCUGGUGGUGGGUGUCGGAGCUGUCUUUUCACUGCUGUUCCACCUGGGCACCAGGGAGGGGCGCCGGCGGCAGGUGGAGGAGCCCGGUGAACACAGCCCCCUGUUGGCUCCCUCUACCGCCCAGCCCUUGCUGCUCUGGAAACACUGGCUUCGGGAGCCAGCCUUUUAUCAGGUUGGCCUGCUGUACAUGAGCACGAGGCUUAUUGUGAACCUGUCCCAGACGUACAUAGCCAUGUACCUCACCUACUCCCUCCACCUGCCCAAGAGGUUCAUCGCCACCAUCCCGCUGGUGAUGUACCUUAGCGGUUUCUGCUCCUCCUUCCUCAUGAAGCCAGUGAACAAGUGCAUCGGGAGGAAUAUGACCUACUUUGUGGGCCUCCUGGUGAUCCUGGCCUUUGCAGCCUGGGUGGCGCUGGCAGAUGAGCUGGGCGUGGCUGUGUAUGUGGCGGCUGUGUUGCUGGGCAUGGGCUGUGCCACCAUCCUGGUCACCUCGUUGGCCAUGACGGCUGACCUCAUCGGCCCUCACACGCACAGUGGAGCCUUCGUGUACGGUGCCAUGAGCUUCUCGGACAAGGUGGCCAAUGGGCUGGCAGUUAUGGCCAUCCAGAGCCUGCACCCCUGCUCCUUGGAGCUCUGCUGCAAAGCCUGUGUGGCUUUCUACCAUUGGGUGAUGGUGGUCGUGACAGGUGGUGUGGGCGUGGCCGCCACCCUGGCUCUGUGCAGUCUCCUGGUCUGGCCCAUCCGCCUUCGGAAAUGGGACCCUGGAGCCUAGCCCUGACCCCACCCCGUGGCCCCUUGCCCUUUGUAAAUUAACCUCGACUGUGAACAUCUGAUGCCCAGAGGUCUGGAGCAGCCCCUCCGCUCCCUCCCCUGCAUGGUCCUGUCUCUGUCUGGCUGUGGGUGGAGGUCAGGAUGGAUGAGGUCCCAGCAGCUUAUCCCUGCUGGGGUAAGGGGAAGACACCGAGCUGGUGGGAUUCUUGUGGUUUGGUGUACUCCAGUGCCAACUCUAACCCAUCUCCCAUGGUCUGGAUGAUGGAGGUGCUUUGUGUUAUGUGGGGCUGAAUAUGAGGGUCCUGGGCCCAGGGGCUGCAUGGAGUUCAGCCCUGGCCAGCCAAGGGUUUCCUGGGUGCUGCAAGGCCCUGGAGGACAGAGCUGUCGCUAAGCCUGCCAGGAGCCCCAACCUGGGGUUGAGCGGCUGGGCCCAAACCCUGGCCGUGGAGGCGGCGAGGCUCAGCGUGCCUGGCUGGGGUCCACGAGUGCAAUCCCCUGCGCCCAGGCCACUGCUGACCAUGAAUAAAGAGCUGCCUGGGCCGGGACUGCCUUGGCGGUUUGCCUCGGCCAGGGGCGGGGCCAGGGUGGGCGUCUGUCUGCCUCUGCCUCGAGUUUGGCCACCAGGCUCUCCCUUUACCUGACUGCCCCCAGGCCCCGGCCCCAGAGGCGGACGGACGCCCAGGGCGGGUGGGAGUGGUGGCGCCUGCGCCCCUGCAGAGCCGCGUCGGGCAGCAGCACGAUCUUUAUCAGUGACUGGAUGUAUAGACGGGCGGGGGCCGCUGGUUGGUGGCGGGACAGUAGGGUUCCAGGCCCCACUGUCGGUAGUUCUGGGCGGUGUAGCGCGGGCGCUGGGGCGCUGACAGGUACUGCACAUAGUCAGACGCCCGCCAGAGCGGUUCCGCCCCGAAACGGUGCCUGUUGAUGGCUGUGGGGUGGGGCCAGGACCCGGGUCACAGCUGGCCACGCCCCCGGGCGGUCCCGCCCCGAGCCCCGUCCCCUGCCCCCGGCCUCACCGAAUUCUUUGCCCCUGAUGGGCCUGUCCUUCCACAGCACGCUUCCCCACCGAGUGCUGGGGUCUGUGUACUGGGCGGGGAUGAUGGGGUCAUACCAGGCCGUCUCCCGCAG